UCUUGGAAUUUCGAAACUUGAAUCCCAAUUUUUUUAACGUUUACUUGCGUUCCUUGUCUCUUUUCCAACUGUCUGUUGGCUAAUUUUGAUCAUUCUUGUUAUAUUUUUGGCCUCCAGGUCUGGUGCUACCACAUCCAAAAGGUGCUAGUUUGUUCCAAAAGUUCAAUUAAUUGUUUUAAUGAUCUCAUACCAUAUGGUUAUAUUUGAUUGUAGCAUUUAGUUUAUCUAAUGAUAAUUUGCAAAUUUACUUUUCUAUAUCAAUUUGGUUGUGUUCAAACAUACGAGGUUCCAGUCUUUAGCAAUGUCUUAGUUUGCGAGUUUUAUUUCACCGAGAAUGACUUUGGGAUUCGUAACCUCGGCUUUCCACGACAAUUCGGAGAGGAUUUAUUUCUUGAAAAUGAGUACAGUGGCGCCUGAGGUUGAAAGUGAGGACGGGAUGCACAGCAACAGUAGGUCCUACGGCAGCACCAAAAACCUCACUGCAAGCGAGAACAAUGACAAAAAUGGAGGAGGCGCUGCCACUCCAGCCUACCACAAUGAAGUGAGGCAGAAAACGCCUCGAAGAAAUGGUUGGCAGAGGCCAUGGAACGCCAUGCUGUUUGCCCUGGUUAUUAUCCCAGUCCUGUUGGCCCUCGCUUUCCUCGGAUCGUUUCCACUCUGUGUACCCUACUCAUGGAGGCCAGCUGCAUUCAUCAUAUUCUCUUGUGCAUUUUCUAUAUUCUACGGAAACUUUCUGCUGAGUGCAACUAUCAACGCCGCCGAGCCAACCGUUUCUAAACUAUGGGGACAAAAGAAGGCACGGCUGUUUCCGAAAGAUCCAUCUAAGCUUCAGGAAGCGAGUAGCGAUGACACUGACACAACUAAUCGAAGUUCAGUUAUUCGAAAUAAUUUCUGCUAUAUUUGUGAUGCUUUCGUGGGAAGAAGUGCGAAACAUUGCGGUCAAUGUAAUAAGUGUGUCGAGGGAUUCGAUCAUCACUGCCUGUGGCUGAAUAACUGUGUCGGCAAACGGAACUAUAGAUACUUUAUAUACACCCUAGUUGUCGGCAUCAUCAUCCUCUUCGGAGUUGUCAUCUGCUCAGCUGCUCUCAUUUUUGUGGCCGCAUUGGACCAGGACAAAAUCCAAACCUGGAUUGCAUCGAAUGGCAAAGGAGAAACAGCAGACUUCGUGGUUUUCGGCCGUGUAUCUCGACCGGUGUUUCUUGUGUACAACUGCGUGCUGGUGCUGGUUGCAACUGUCAUCCUUGGAUUCACUCUACACCUCCUAGCAUUCCACAUUUAUCUAAAUUGGAGGUCGAUGUCAACUUACGACUAUAUAGUCAGACAGCGCAAAUUAGUCCAACAACAGCAAUUAUCAUUUAAGAGUAGCGGUACCGGUAGUUCUCUCUGUCUCAAACGGGAACACUCGUCGAGCAUCGAAAGGAAGCCAACCACAGCACCUGUCGGAACUGAAGUGCCCAUAGGAUUACAUGUGGAAAAUGGAGACUUGAGAGUUGGAUUGCAUGGAAAUGAAGAUACGCAGUUUGUAUCGAAGGAAGAGGCCACUAACAACUGUUUGACCCCACGACUCAUGGGAACUGCGACAUCCAUACCACGCGUGUACAAAGCAAACAAAACAAACUCAGAUGAUACUGGAGCAAAAUCAGAGGAGGCUCAACUAUCUAUUAGUGGAGUCAACUCAGUGGACAGAAUAGACCGAAAAAUAGACGAAGAUCUCACAAGUCAACCGGAAGUUAGCCAAAAAGUGCAAAGUGAUUUGGACGAGAGUUUAAAUGAAAAUAAGGGAUAUGAACCAAAUUUUGACGAAGAAUCUAGCAACCAGGAGGAGGAGAGUGAAGUUUUGAGGGAGAUUUCGAUUCAUGAUACGUACAACGGAGCUAUAGGAAAUCGAAGUUUCUCUGGACUUCACAUGCUGUAGAGCCGCAUUUUCUUAUUCAUUCGACACAAUCAGGGUUUAUCUUUGUUUGGAAAUAGAUUAGGCAUUGUGAUAUAUCAAUUUGUAAAUAAAUCAGAUUUAAUAUGUCUUUUUUCAAUAUAUCUUAUGCCAUUCGCA